UCUUUUCAUGCCAUUUUCCUCAGAGCCCAGCAAAAUCAAGACGCAAAGUUUAAUUUUAGAGCAAAGUUAGUUACUGAAAUAUGCCUCUUGUUUUUCAUUCUUUCAACUGAUAGUGUUUUACAGACUUACAUGGUAUGUGACUUUCGGAUGGAUCUAGAAAAAAUUUUUUUGAGCGUUUUCAGAUUAUUUAAACAUACUCGAGGCUUUGGUAUAAUAUUUUGUAUCUAUAUUCCACUGCCCAUCCACCUCUUAGAGCCCUUUAAUGAGAAACUGACUUUCCUUCUAUGUUCAUUAUCUCUGUGCUUUUGUCCAGCAUCUCCUGAGAGGGCUAUUGUUACCCUAUUAAAUAUGAAGGACAGAAACAAAACAUUCUGGCAUAGAAAGCUCUGGAUCUCCAUGUGACCUGAGAUGUGUAUCAUUUAUCCCGACUUGGAUAAAUCACCAGAGUCACAUUUCAAACCUCGUUCGCUUUCAGGCACCUGACCAGCUCUCCUCACCUGCAUCUGUGACUUUCGUCCUAUACACUUGAACGCUCUGGGGAUGAGGAAGAAUCAUCUGUCCUCGUUAUUAGUGUAUUUGAGAGCUUUUAAUUCUUGAGUGACUCUUUUCCUUAAUACUAAGUGGCAUAGUUCAUAUCGAGAGUGAUACUCUCAAGUGGAAUUUUCCUGAAGGACUCCCUGGUUCCGUGAACAAUUAUCUUUGUGGAGGGAUCUAGAAUAAAGUUGGGCUGUUGACCGGAUGGAGGUUCUCACCUCCUCCUGUCGCUCUGCCAAACAGCAAAGGAGGAAGGAACAAACGAGAAAUUAAUCACACAGGAAGUGAAUAACCGCAGAGGAACGCCUGCCUCUGACUCAGUCUGUCACAUUGACCCGGGGGCCAGAGCGUGUCCAAAAUGGCUGUCCCAAAUCCACCCCACACUUGCGUUAGAAGAUGAUGCCUUUCUCAGGGACAGUUUUCUCUCUGGGCUCAUGCUUCGCUUGCUCUGUGUCUGCCUGUGUCCCUGGUCAUGCCUUCCUACAGUAUCCAUUGACGAUUUAUCAGCAAGACUGUUGAAAACUUAACUGGCCAAGAUGCCCGUCCCUCCCCCUCCAGCACCCCCGCCACCGCCCACGUUUGCUGUGGCCAAUAUAGAAAAGCCUGCCUUGAAUAAGUCGGAGCAGGCUGGGAGAAAUGCUCUCCUCUCUGACAUCAACAAAGGGAAGAAACUAAAGAAGACCGUCACCAAUGACAGAAGUGCACCGAUACUGGACAAACCUAAAGGCCCUGGAGCUGGUGGCGGUGGUGGCUUUGGUGGAGGCGGCGGAUUUGGCGGAGGAGGUGGCAGUGGAGGUGGUGGUGGUGGCGGCGGUGGCGGCAGUUUUGGAGGGGGUGGACCACCCGGUUUGGGGGGGCUGUUCCAGGCUGGAAUGCCGAAGCUGAGAUCCACAGCCAACAGGGAUAAUGGUAAGUUUCCUUCUCUCUCGGUAACUGAAGACCAGAGUUUGGUGGUUUGGACAUGUGGCAUCCCCUCUAAGGCACCACGCCCUUCAAAACAUUUCCGAUUGCUUGAAAUGCCCCCUCCUCCCGUGAGGGACCCGCCGGGCAGAUCAGGCCCUCUCCCACCACCUCCUCCAAUAAACAGAAAUGGCAGCACCUCUCGGGCCCUGCCUGCCACCCCACAGUUGCCAUCCAGAGGAGUAGACAGUUUCAGGAGUGGGCCCCGGCCUCCCCUUCCUCCAGACAGGCCUGGCGCCGGGGCGCCUCCCCCGCCCCCACCAUCAGCAUCAAUCAGAAACGGCUUCCAAGACUCUUCAUGUGAAGAUGAGUGGGAAAGCAGAUUCCACUUCCAUCCUAUUUCUGAUUUGCCACCUCCAGAGCCAUAUGUGCCAACAACCAAAAGUUAUCCCAGUAAAUUGGCAAGAAGUGAAAGCCGGAGUGGAUCCAACCGAAGAGAAAGGGGUGCCCCACCCCUUCCCCCCAUCCCAAGGUGAUCCUUGCCUGCUCUUCUCCAUCCACGCCCAAGAGCUACUUCUGUGGUUGCUAUCAAGAGUCGCACACUCUCCUCCCCUUGUCUUCCCUUGUCCCCUUCAUAUUGGGAGUAGGGAGGGAGGGAGGGUGCCGUGGGAAUAUGUGUGUGCAGGGUGGGAAUCCGAUAAAGAAACGCACCUAGAUUUUUAUUCUGUGUAUAUUCUCAAAGUUAUUGCUUGCUUCAGCUACAGCCCACCAGUGUUGACUGCUUGGGGUUGACUGGCUUUUAUGGCAGGUGGCAGAGAUGAACUUUGUCCCAGCUUUCAACCAACCAAACUCAAACAUUCACUGCAUAUUUGCUACAGAUGAUAUUAAAGUCCCUGAGAGCUGCUUGCUCCAUGCCUUUUUUGCGUGCUUGGUCUCCUAUCUGAUUCCAUGAACCACAGACCACCUAAGCAAGUUGCUGAGCGAGGGCUCACAUGAAAUUUUUGUGGUCACAGAUUAUAAUCUUUGGCAGUCUGAGGUAGGCUCUAGGACAGAGCUGUCCAAUAGAAAUAUAGUG